CAAACAAUUCUCUUAGUCGACUACCGGAGGGACUGUUUCGAAACCAACCAGAGUUAUUUUACCUGGAUUUGCAACACAACCAACUAAGCCAUCUACCUGAAGGGCUGUUGAGAAACACAAGUAAAUUGCAUACACUGUUUUUGCAAGGCAAUAAUUUGAAUCGUAUACCACACGGACUGUUUCAGAGCAUAGCUAGCUUUGAAAGACUAGUGUUGGGAAACCAAUUAGCGCUGGAUCAUCGAUUGUGUACAUUGAAACUUCCCAGAGAUUUUUCGCAAGUCUCCUAUCUUCAAGACAGUGAUGUCAUGAAGAAAUAUCUUGCUAACAAUUUGACUGCAGAUGUUUGUGAGCAACCCUGCAAUAGUGUACCCUUGCUUCAGUUCUGCAACGACUGUACCGGGAGUCUGUUCAACUACAAAUGCUUAGAUGAAAACGAAUGUGGGCUGAAGACUCAUAAUUGCGAUGCCAAUGCUGCUUGCAAUGAUACACAUGGAUCUUACCAAUGUGCAUGCAACUCUGGUUAUUCCGGUGAUGGGACCACUUGCUCAGAUGAAAACGAAUGUGGGCUGAAGACUCAUAAUUGCGAUGCCAAUGCUGCUUGCAAUGAUACACAGGGAUCUUACCAAUGUGCAUGCAACUCUGGGUAUUCCGGUGAUGGGACCACUUGCUCAGAUGAGAAUGAAUGCGUAGGCAGCACCCAUACCUGUGACGCCACCACCAUAUGUAAUAACACUGUGGGAUCUUAUCGCUGUAUCUGCAUGUCAGGCUACACAGAGAAUGGUGCCUCUUGCAUACGUGCUAAACGACAAGGAGCGGUCGCCUUAACAGGUCCUAUCGUUGGUUCUUUACUGGGAUUUGCCACGCUACUGGGAGCUAUUGUAUUUGCGUUGCACGUGAGGAAAACAGGGAAUGUACCAAUUACUGGUGCAGGUGUGAAUGAAACUCUAUCGCCGUGGAUGUCUUCGUUUAUGGCCAAACUUGAGAGGAGAUCCACUUCUGCUGAGCCUGAGGCCGAAGGAUCAUGUGAUGCGGAACAGCACCGAGCUGGACGCAAGAAGAGCGGGUCAAGGGCAAUGAACAACUACAGGUAUUCUGCAGGCAAUACCAGGGAAGAUACAGAGGAGAGUGUCAGGCGACAUGUUCGGGCUUCCCAGGCUCACAGUUCAUACAGCUGCUAUGGUGUAUGCUCUGAGAAUGAUAUCGGUGCCAGUACAAUCCCAGAGCAUGCAGGCAACCUACCACCAUCCACAGACGUGUUUGACCAGCAUAUAUACGAAGUCGGGGAGGUAGCUGGAAAGGUAACGUCCGAGCAAGGAAACUCCAAGAACACCCCUACGGUAACAGAUGGACAUGCAGAAUGUGUGUAUGAAGAUACGGAUGGACAUGCGGAAUGUGUGUAUGAAGUAACGGGUGGACCUGCGGAAUAUGUGUAUGAAGCGGCAGAUGAACGUGGGUGUGAAGCGACAGAUGAACGUGCGGGAUGUGGGUAUGAAGCAACGGAUGAGCAUGCGGAAUGUGUGUCUCACGCAACGGGUGAACGUGUGGACGAUAUUUAUGAGGAAACGGGUGAGCCUGCGGGAUGGGGGUAUGAACCGACGGGUAACCUUGAGGAGGAUGUGUACCAAUGUAUUGACCGCAGUGGAUCGUACAUCAACCCACUCGGACACACACUGAACACUCCCUGUGUCCUAUCCGCUCUUUCGUCCACUGAGAACGACAUCCAAUGA